CACCACCAUUAGGGGGGAAUGGGCUCAGGCAGCUGUCACUUAACAUGUGAAUGUUUUGAGGGUGGCCCGGGGGCUUUAGAAACUCUCCUCUUUUUUGCCCCCCACCCACUCAAGACACAGCAGUUUUUAAGCUGCAUUCAGAUACAGAGGCGGGACUUUGUGAUAUGAAAAGAGGGUGGGUGUGAGGGAGAAAACCACGGAAAAGGUAGAAAGGGGCACUCUGCCAUCCAGCUGCCUGGUAUAGGAACAACCUGAGCAGUAGCAGUUAGUUAGAAUGACAUUGUCUUGUUGAUAAAUGGAUCUACCAGAGUCCAACCUGCAUGGCUAAGCUGCUCUUGGCAGGGAAUGGUUGGAGUUAAACCGAGUCGUUGGAAUUGUCUCCAGCUACGCGCACUAUCCCAUCAGCGGCGUUAACAAGGAAGGAAUUCCUCUAUCACAGCUCCCACAACAAAGAAGAAAGAGAGAGGAGCAGAACCGGUGGGAGGAGAAGUGAGCGGAGGGGAGGGGUGCACUGUGACGGGAAAGGAGGAGGACAUUGUUUCCCUGUGACUGUGGGCAACGAAAAAGCAUGAGUUAUCAGGACAUGUGCGUGGUUGUGUUUAGAAAGUGUGUUUGUAGGUGAGCAUGUGUAAAUAAGUGAGAGGGAUUGGGUGUGUAUUCAAGAGAGCAUGGGUGUGUUUGUGUGCACAGCCUAUAGUUUGGGAUGUUGGAACUGGGAGGCCACUCAAAGGAUGCUCAGACAAAGCAUUUUUUUCUUUCCUGUUUGAAUGCUGAAUGGGGACUGGCUGGAUUCCUUUAGUCGUUGGUGCCGGUUUUAGGGUAGCUAAAGGACAUUCCACAUGCAUGGCUGAGGGUUCUUGCCUCAAUUAUUACCUCACUAGCCUCUGGGCCGAAGGAUUAUGGGAAACCUCAUAAGUCGGCCCAGCUGCCUGGGCCAGAAAUCCAAGCAUGUGCGGUCAAAUGAGGACUUCCUGAAGGAGUGCUACCAACGGCCAAAAGAGUGGCAGCCUUCUCAAGAUGGGCAGGAUAAAAGCAAGGAGAGUGUGGCGGAAACAGAAAAGGAGACGCAAGAACUUCACAGGCUGGACGAUGGAGCUAAUACGCCAGUUUCUGACAAACCUCUCCGCAGUUCCCCUGCAUCCACAAUUAGGAGUACCAGUACUUUGGAUAAUGCCUGGCAGCGCACCCCCUCUCCUAUGAAAACAUCACACAAUGGGACACUAACCAGAAGAACCGUGCCCCCAGAUUAUUCAAGAUCUCCCUUGGCUUACCCUGAUAAGACUGUUGCAGAGAGAAGGUCUAGCUUUCAGAGGAGAGACUCUAGAGAAGGGAGUCCCUGGUCCUGGAAGACAGUGGCAUCACGGGAAGUGACCGAAGUGACAGAGGUUACGGAAACUAUCGUCACCGAGAUUGUGGAAGUAACAGAGUAUCCAACGGGAGAUAAGGGAGGGGACCCCAUAAUCACAAGAACUGCUCGAGUCCUAAAUGGAGUUGCACAGGAACUUGCAGAGCUCCAAAGUGAUGGACAUUCAAGCUCAGACCAAGAUUCAUAUGUGGAUAAAUGGAGGGAAACUAAGUCUGCAUUGGCUCUGGGAAACAUAUUUACCGAUUCUGAGACCUUCCUUCAGAGCCUGGAAGCCUUGGUGACAUGGGUGUGUGAAAUUGAGGAACUCACAGCUAAUCAGAAACCUCCAUCUUCAGAAGUCAAAGUGGUGAAAGCGCAGCUUCAAGAACAAAGGCUGUUGCAGCGCCUCCUAAAAGACCGAAAGAAAUGUAUGCAGACUAUGAUGUUAGAGGGUCCUCGACUUGCGGAGGCCCACCCAGGAGAGGAGGGGGAGCAAGCUCGUGUCAAACUCUCUACUCUUAAACAGAAGUGGGAGUCCAUACAGCGGGCGGCAGAUCAAAGGAGGGAAACUCUGGAGGGCAUUCUACCUAUUGCUCAACUCUUCCAGGAAGGAGUAGACAAUCUACAGCAGUGGCUCAUAUCUGUUGAGCAGGCCCUUGCUGAACUACGGAACGCUGAAAGGGUGAUGCUGCAUCUUUCAGAAGCCACAGAGAAGGCUAAGGCAGUCACUGAAGAGAUUCAGGUUAAAACUACAGAUCUCACUAAAGUUCAAGAAACAGGUCAUGAACUCAUGGAAGUGAUCUCAGAGGAGGAGGAACAUCAGGUGCAGGAAAAAUUAGAUGCACUUCGUAUCCGAUGCUCUGUGCUCAAUCUAAGUAGUCUGGAUGUACUCAAAAGACUGGAGCAGGCAUUGGAGGCCUCUAGUCGCUGUACAUCCAGCCAGGAGGACCUCCACCUGUGGCUGGGUCGAAUUGAGAGGGAACUCUUGGGAACAGCAGGUGCACACACACGUGAUGGAGACACAGUACUAUGUGCAACUGAAAGACAAAGGCUGGAACAGGCAGUGGUGAAAGAAGUGGCUUGGUUUAAGGAUGCGGCACUCAGGCUUGAAAAGCUGAAAACUGUGCACCUGGAUCCAGAGCUCAUAUCAGAACAACUAAAUGAGCAGAAGGUUUUGGCUGUGGAGAUUCUACAACACAGAUUUAACAUUGAGAAGAUGGUUAAAAUUGCUGAAAUCUUGCAAACAUACAGUGAUGAAAGUGAAGCAAGGAAUCUUAAGACCCCAUUGGAUACCUUACAGGAACAAUGCACCACCACAUCAACCACUAAUUCCCAUGGAGUUCUGCAGCUUGAGCAUGCUCAGUCACUUCUAGUUCAGUUCACAGAGGGCUAUGCUGAGGUUUCCCCAUGGCUGGAAGAAACACAAAAUCUCGUUGAGCAUCUCUCCAUCAGCGCAAUUAACUACGAAACAUUUCGUGAACAACAAGACCUUUUACAGGGUCUGAGAGAGUCAAUAGCUGAACAUCGGCCAUUGAUCUCACGCUUGUGCUCCUUGGCAAAACGCCUGUCAGAGCUGAACCCAAUUCAGGGAGAGACAUUUUGUCGUAAAGCGACUGAAGCUGAGAAACGGCACCAAGCCAUCAGAGACCGUGUCAGGGAGACUGCCAUUCUACUUGAAGAGUCCUUACCCAAAUUCACUCAACUGAAUGAGAGGAUGAUUCUUAUCAAAGGAAGUAUUGACCGCCUGCGCAGUCGCAUCCAGAGUCCAGCUUCCCUACAAUGCCUGACAGUGAGGAUUCAAGAGCAGCUGCAUGAAAAUAAGCACACGCUGUCAGAACUGUCCAAGUUGGAGAUCACUCUAAGAAGUGUCAAGACACAGGCAGAAAACUUGCUGACCAACACACAGAGGGCAGGGGAUCCACCUAUUAGUUCAGCUGUGGAGGAGCAAGUCUCCACUCUUUCCCAGCUCUUGGAUCAGACACAUAGUCAGGUUAAAGAAAGGGAAAGCUGGUUGCUGAAACUGCUGGAUCUCGCUAUGAAGUUUUGGAGUGAUGUUGCUGAUGUCACAGUGGUUCUCAAUAAUACCCAGCAGGCAGUUUUGGACCUUAAUACAAGCCAAACAGACUCUGAAACAAUCCAACAGAGUUUAGAGACCAUGCAGACUCUCAGGGAGGACAUUGACACUUUACAAGGGGAUCUAGACACACUUGGCGUUCUCGGAAUGGACCUGAUGUCAGAAUGUGGGGACACUGACAAACCAGAUGUCACAAAGAGCCUGGACGAACUUUAUUGCUUGUGGAACAAUUUGAGUAAAUUAUGGAAUGAAUGCCAUAAGAAACUGGAGGAGUCCUUGCAAAUGGCCUUAACUUAUCAAGACACUAUGCAGGGACUUUUCGAGUGGUUAAAAUCCGCAGAGCUGAGGUCAACUGAAGAGUUCAUGGUUGGAACUGACCUGGAAUCAGUCAAAGAGCAGCUACGUGAACUCAAGGAAUUUAAGCGAGAACUUUACCAGAAGAAAAUUGAAAUAGAAAGCCAAAACCAUCGCUUUGUGUGUCGGCUGUCCCCAGGUUCAGAGCGUCCAUGCUCUGUCUCCCCGUUAUGCGACUUUCGACUGCGUUGGGACAGUCUGGAGUCAGAGACUGUCAGCAGACAGCAUCAACUGGAGUGUGCUCUGCUAGGUCUGGGGCAGUUCCAAAACACACUGGAUGAGUUGUACACAUGGCUUACUCAUACUGCUGAACAGUUGGAGGGCAGAAAAACAAUCAGCAUUGACCUUCAGGCGUGUGAAAUAGAGCUGGCCAAACACAAGGUCUUGCAUAAUGAUGUCAUGUCUCAUGUUCGCACAAUGGAGUCCCUCCACCAGGCAGGCAAGGAAUUGCUGGAGGUGGGGACUGGGGACUGUACACAUGGUCUUCAGUCUCGUUUAGACCAACUUGGUGAAAGCUGGGAGUUUGUUCGUUGCGAAACCGAACGUUAUCAGCUGGAAUUAGAGAACAGACUCAGUCAGGUGCAAGAUAUUACAAUGGAGAUUCAGGACCUCCUACAAUGGCUAGACAACACAGACAUCAGAUUGCCUUCUUCCAUACGCUUGUGGGGUAUGCCAGAAUCAACCACAGAGAGGCUUAAUGCUCAUUUGGAAUUGUGCAAUGAAAUGCAGUCAAAGCUUCAUACCUACACCGAUGUGAAAAAUUCCAUUGAAAGAAUGCUAGAAAGCAGCAAUGUUGUUCGGGGAUCAAGUACAGAACACAGCAUGUCGAUUUUAGAACAAAAAUGGUCUUCUGUUUACAACAAAGUUCAAGAACGAAAGGCAAAGCUCACUAAAGGGUUGAUUCUGGCUAAGGAAUUCCACAGUGAUAUUCAGGACCUUCUCACCAAGAUGACCAAGUGUGAGGAAUCAAUUAGACUCCUUACAGCUCCCAGCUUUGUCUUAGACACAGUUUAUAACCAACUACAGGAUCAUAGAAAAUUGGUGGAUGAGGUGAAUGGUUAUGGGGAGAAGAAGACCACAGUGGAGAGUGCAGGCAGUAGACUUGCGGAGCUAAGCAGGAAAGAGGAUUGUGAUGUCAUUCAUAACCUCAUCAUGACUAUCCAGGAUCGCUACAAAAAACUACAACAGUGUAUUUCAGAGAGAGGCAAGAUGCUGGAUGAGGUCAAAAAGAAUGCAAAACAGUUUAAUGAAUCUUGGCGCCUCCUUGUGGACUGGAUGUUUGAGGUAGAAGAAACCUUGGACAGCCAUAAAGAGAUUUCCCCGUCACAUGAGGAAAUUAAACAACAACUAAAUGAGCAGAAGGAGUUCCAGAAGGUGCUUAGAUCUAAGAGGCCCAUGUAUGAGGCGACGUUGAAGAAUGGUCGCAAAUUGCAUGAGAGAGCACAAAACACCCAGGACAAAGAGCACCUAGUAAACCUCCUGGCUGAACUGAAAGAUACGUGGGACACCAUCAGUGGAAAGUCUAUGGAGAGGCAACACAAACUGGAAGAAGCUCUACUGUUCUCCGGGAGGUUCACAGAUGCUCUUCAAGCAUUGAAUGAAUGGCUAUAUAGAACUGAGCCCCUUUUAGCUGAGGAUGUUCCAGUCAGUGGAGACAAGGACAUAGUUAACAAUCUGAUAGACAAACACAAGGCAUUCCAAAAGGAGCUAGGAAAGAGAGCUGGGUGCAUCAAGACUCUGAAGCGCUCUGUAAAAGACCUGACCAGGAGCAGUACUACUGAUUCACACUGGCUGCAGGAGCAAAUGGAUGAACUGGAGGGCCGCUGGGAAGUGGUGUGCAAACUCUCAGUCAGCAAACAGGACAGACUUAAGUCUGCACUUCAACAGGCUGAAAAAUUUGAUGGCCUUGUCCACUCUUUCAUGGAGCAUCUCACUGAAGUGGAGAGAAUUUUUAAAUACGGUGUUAUACCAGAUGAAGAGGAAAGCUUGCUGGCCUUCCAAAAACAGAAUGAGGAGACAAUGGUUACCUUAGAAGCUCAUACAACAGAUUUAGAAAAUAUCCAGUGGCUGGGUGAAGACAUCCUCUCCUCUUGCCACCCAGACUCAGUAAUAACCCUCAAAUCCUGGAUGGGUGUCACCAAGGCCCGCUAUGAGGAGGUUCUUACAUGGGCCCAACAACAGAACUCCAGGAUCCAAACCACUUUAGCAUUAAUGGAGGAAGAGAGAGAGCAAAUCCAGAGGUUAUUGGAGUGGAUCUCUUCUGCACAAGAAGCGCUUAGCAUCAGAGAUGAAGAGCCUAUGCCUGACAACAUAGAGGAGAACCAAGAACUUAUUGAACAGCACUUUGUUUUCAUGGAGGAGUUAAAUAAGAAGUUUCCUGAAGUUGAACAUGCAACAAAGUCCUGCAAACACAAAAACACUUCCAGACAGCAAGUUUCACCUAGCAAACGACCAAUUACUAAGAGGAGGAGCACUCUGAAAUUGCAGCCUCCGGCACCACUCCCCUUGGAGCACCUCGACCCCCAGACCCCACAGCUCAGUCAGUUGGUCAAUCAGUGGCAGAAACUGUGGCUCCUGGCACAAGCGAGACAAAAACAUCUUGAACAAAGCAGGCAAAAACUCAAAGAGAUGGAAGAAUUUGCCAACUUUGACUUUAACGUUUGGCGAAAACGCUACAUUCAGUGGAUCAGCCAUUUGAAGUCUCGCAUUCUAGACGUGUUCCGCAACAUUGAUCGGGAUCAGGAUGGACGCAUCAGCCAGAAAGAGUUCAUCGACUACGUCCUAGCUUCUAAAUUUCCUACCAACUCGCUGGAGAUGAAUGCAGUGGCAAACAUCUUUGACAUCAACAGUGAUGGCUUCAUUGAUUACUAUGAGUUUGUGAGUGCACUGCACCCCAGUAGAGAUCCUUACAGGAAAACUCUGGAUGCAGAUCAAAUCAAUGAAGAGGUGAGUCGUCAGGUCUCACAAUGUAACUGUCCCAAAAGGUUUCAAGUAGAGCAAAUCAGUGCGAACAGAUACAGGUUUGGAGAUUCCCAACAGUUACGGAUGGUUCGUAUGUUGCGGAGCACACUGAUGGUUAGAGUGGGAGGAGGUUGGACUGCUCUAGAUGAGUUCCUGGUGAAAAAUGAUCCCUGCAGAGUAAAAGGUCGGACCAACCUGAAGAUCAAGGAAAAGUACUUGUCGCCCACAGGAAGCAUCUCGAAAGGUUUGACUGUCAGCAGGUCCAACUCAAGCCUCAGUCUCUACAGUAGUGCCUCUGCCCCAACUAGCCCAAUGACACGAAAGGCUUUACUCCGUCGAAGUUUUUCAGGCGACCGUUGCAUUCGUCCACGAAGUUCUAUAGCAGCAUUAGGAUCUGAACUCCUGUUUGUCACAACAGAGGGGCACGACUCACCUUCAGAAGAAGCUGAGAGGCUGCUUCCCACAUGACUGCCAUGCCUACAUGCCCCACGUGUGCACCAAGCCCAAACAGCCUUUUGGCCCUAAAUGACAAACACCGUGAUAAGUAAGAGUGUUGUGAUCAGGGGGCUAUAAAAGCAAAGACAAGAAGCUGACCCUGGAGUGAAAGUACAGUGAAGGUCAAGACACAGAAAGAUUUGGACCUUUGGGGUAUCUGUGGGAAAGUAAAGACAUUCAAACUGUUUUCACGAGUGAAAAAGCAACCUUAUUACACAAAAGAACAUCCAGAUAGUAAUUGCAUACGGAAUAGUUUUAUCAAGGUUCUGCAUGGAAACUUAAUGCAUGGUUGCGUUUUGAGCAGCAUUUUUAUUAAUUAAAUACUAUUAAAACCAGACAGUGUCAACUGCUACGUAGUAAUUUUCAAAGUAAUAGUGGACAUCAACUACUCAUUAUUAAUAUUUUAAUAGUAUAGGACUGGCAGUGAGGGAAAAAAAAAACUAUGUUCCAUUUUUGUUCCCCACUAAAUAUCCAAAAACGCAAAAACCAAAACCGCUAUAAGUAUGAGAGAUUACAAUGUUUCUGCUCAAUUUUAGGAUGUCAGUCAUUUUAUGCUGCAAAGAUGAUCUUGUUGGCAGGGCCACAGUUUAGCUUCUUUUACGUUCAUUGAUGCCAAGAUUGUAAGUAAUUGUGUAUUGUUUUAAAGCUCUACAUUUUUAGAAUAGUUUAAACAUUAAAAAAUUUGUAUCCAAUGUAUCUGAUAAUGCAAUGCCAUUUUCACCAUCAGAAUCUCGUUUCAGGAUUGGUUUUGAUGAAAUUUUUAAAUGGAAAAUUGCUGUGAAAGUAUAGGUAGGAACUUUUUAACUGCAGUAAGAUUUUUGUAUUUUUCUUUCAUUGUUGUCCACAUAUAAAGCACUUUCUGUCAGACUACGUAACUGUUCAAUUAUUACACAAGAAAUGUGGUAGUUAUGAGAUACAUGUGAAAAUAUGAAACUAAUCAUUUUGUACAUAUUGUUAAUCCAUUUCCUCUACUGAUACAGAAUUUACACUAUUUCUGCUUGUCUCGUUAAAAACUUUUACUAAACGUAUCUUGUUCGUACUUUUUCUUUCUUUAAUGUGGCACAGCUUUUAUCAUCAUCCCAUAAGCAAACAGCAACAUGUAUCCACGGGUUUAUUGCUCAUUUUACUAUGUAGAGAUGAAGGAUACUACGCAACUUUACCCUGGAGUGACCUGAAAUUAAAUUUACCUUUAACUGUCAGCCCCCUACAAUUAAAAGAAGUGGUUAGUGUUAGCACUACAUGUUCUGCACAUAGAGCUUUUUGCCAUCUUUGUUAAUCCUAAAUACAAAUUCACCAUUUUUUGUUUUGAUUUCUUAGAUCUGACGUUACAGAAACUGAAUCAUUGGAGUUACAUUUGUUCUAUGCAGUUGUAAGUUUUCAUUCAUGAAAUAUUUUUACAGCAUUGAAUACUUUCUCUACACGAAUAUCUGUGAAAAAAACAAAUUAAAAAAUCAACAUUUCACCUAAAUUACUAUGCACCCUUAAUUUCAACUACUGUUCAUAUUUUUGUAUUGAGCACUCUUAAGAGGUCCUUUUUGGCAACCUCUUGAUUUAAGUCAAUG